AUGCCCCUAAAUACACUGCGCCUCAAUCACCAAAGAUCGUCUCACCCCAAUGAGCGCAUUAUCUUCAUCAAGCCUCUGGAACGACCCGCUGCUAGCAAGGCCGAAUACGACCUCGCUGACACGUUUCUUCGUGCGAUUGCCGCGCAAUGUCUACCGUUGAUGAAGAAACACUACCUGUCUGUCACAACACUAGAGGAAUAUGAGCCGAACCGGGAGUUUAUUGGCAGGAAUUUCAACAAUGGAGAAAUCAUUCAGCUCGUUCUUCGGAGUAAAUCCGGUGGGUGGGUCCCAUUCAAUAUGGUUCAAAUGGUCAUGAUGCACGAAUUGGCUCACAAUUCACACAUGAACCACGGAAAAUUGUUUUGGCAAACAAGAAAUCUCUACGCGGAGGAGAUGAAAGCGCUGUGGUCUAAAGGCUACACUGGGGAGGGGUUUUGGGGUAGUGGUAGGACACUAAAUGAGAUGGGUGUUGUAAUGGGCAACAACAUACUCAGCAGUCAAGAUCUCGAAGGUUUGCCACUUUGCGGUGGAACAUAUCGUAGCCGAAGAAGAAAGCGAAAGGCUCGGGGAGCACAAGACAAGCCUGAAUUGACAUGGAGGGAAAAACAAGACCGGCGAAUCGAGCGCAAAUUUGGCAAGAACGGUGUGACCCUCGGAGAAGACGAAGAUCAACGCCUUGCCCUCGAGAUCAACAAGAAAGGGCCAAUUGGUGGGAAGCCUCGUGUCGCUCAGAGCAAGCGAGGCCGAGAGUUGAGAGCAGCAGCAGCAUUGGCAAGAUUCGCGGCCAAUAGGGCUGGUGAAAAUACUACCCCGAAGCGUGAUGACCCCGAUGACGAACUCGAUGACCAAUACGAAGAAGACACCGUGGAUGCAGGACAAGAAGACGCCUUGGACCUGAACGGGGAAAAGCUACUUGACGGUAGGGGCCAGGGGAUGGUCAGGGUCUGUGACGACGAGGAUACGGACGAUAUCAACGUCAAGCAAGAAAUGACCGAGCUCGAAAACUUACAUCGUUAUUUCAAACCAAUUCAACAGCACACCAGCCACAUGCACAGAUCACCCGGGGACCGGGAUUCAGAGCCAGACCACGACGCAGAUGGUGAUGGCUAUGAUGGUGAUUGCGAUAAAGAUCCACGAAACACAAUUGGUGAAAUCGCAAUGUCUGACACAUUUGCCGCAGAGGACACCCAACAACAGAGACACGCUCAAGACCCAUUAUUGUUGUCAGCUUCGUCCAUAAGGGUAUCAGGUCGCCAGCCGGUCACCAGUGCAGCCCAGGCCCCGUGUAAUCAGACUCAGCCCCCAUACAGGACAGCGCCCACUUCUCCACCGAGAAAAAGCUUCUUGGUUAAGCCUGCGGUUCCUCGUCGAUUCUCAUCAUCGGCCGUGGCUUCAAAAGAGACAGAAGAAUGGCCAAAGACAGCCAUCAACUCAGACCAUUCUCCUUCCCAUUCUCCUUCCACUCCACCCCCGGGAAGGGUAAAUAACAGCCACGGGACGAAGGCUUCCGCGCCCUCCUCUUCAUCCCCGAUCAUCUGUCCAAUCUGUUCACUGGAAAACCCGCGCAUGAACUCCACCUGUUUGGCGUGCUCCCAUGUCAUCGACCCCGCUAAAGACCCACGGCACUGGUCGUGUAAGAGCGAGGUGUGCAGAGAUGGGCCGACGGCGGGAUACCUGAAUUCAGGGGACACGGGCAUCUGUGGUGUCUGCGGUACUAGGAGAAUGAGCUAG